AUGGCUCCGUGUUCCGAGGGUUAAUUUCUUAUAAAUCCAAGGUUAAACCUUCAUUCCCAAGUUCAAUAAUGGAAUAAUAGGACAAAACAGUUGUAAUAGUAUUUUUUUUACACCCGAAGAAGCUGUUUUUUUUAUUUUAUUGCGGUUGUUCCUGAUUUUUCGAUUGAAUCGGGCGCGCGCCACGUGACCCCGGUUCUCCAAGAUGGCGGCGCCGCGCGGUAAUUUCAAAACGAGCCGCGGCUCGGGAAACCCAUCUAGCUCGAGUUUGGCAAUGAUUAUUGAGUCACGGUGGGGAAAAGAUCGCGGAAAAGGGAAAAGAAAUGUUGUUACCGUUUGUCUCGCGGUCUGGAAAGCCUCGGAUAGCGAUUUACUUGCCGAGAUCGAUCUGGGUCGCGACUCGCGGACGAAAGGCAGUUCUCUGUAUCCCCCCAGGAGGGCGUUUCGCAAUCGCGAGCGGGACUUGCGGUUUUUUUUUUAUUCCCUCUCUUCCCUUUCUUCAAACCACUGGAUUUCUUUUCUUUAACAGACGCGUGACGGUGAAAAUGUUUAUUAUAUCUAUACACGUGUUAUUUGUUAUGCACAUGCUCUUAUAUAUAUUUUCUUCCUCACUGGAUUUUUUUUUCUUAUUCUUAUUUUCUUUCUUUUUUUGCUGUUUUAGGUCUGACGCGUCGUAGAUCUCACCAGGAUGCGCACCCCAGCGGAGACGGAGACGCUCUCGCAGCCCGAGGCGUUCAAGUUCGACCCCCAGGAGAUGGGAACCUCGUCUGGGAGUCAGGUCGUCCUUACGGGUUCCCCGCCGGAGGCGCACAUCUUUACCAACAGCAUGCUGUGCAUCCAGGAGGAGUUGGGCCAGCUCGGGGGGAUCGCGGGAGGACCUACGAUCAGUAAUCCCCUAGACACUAGUGUCCCUAUAAGCUCGCACUCGGAGGAGAAGACGCACUCUAGUGAGGGCGUCCCGAAGUGUGUCCCCGGGACCAUCACCCUGGACCAGAGAUCCAGCUGGGUGGAGGGCAUCCUGGGGUGCAUGAGGCCCGUCUGGACCAUGCUCUCCAAGGCCGCCAUCAACGAGAAGAUCAAAGGCCACCAGACUGACGACUGGGAGAUUCCAUUCGAGUCGAUCAGCGAACUGCAGUGGUUAGGCUCCGGAGCCCAGGGUGCAGUUUUCAGUGGCAAACUCAACAAGGAGGUCGUAGCUGUGAAGAAGGUGCGCGAGCCUAGAGAGACCGACAUUAAACACUUACGGAAGCUCAACCAUCCCAACAUCGUACAGUUCAAGGGUGUUUGCACGCAGGCACCGUGUUACUGCAUAAUUAUGGAGUUCUGUCCAUAUGGACCGCUUUACGAUCUGCUGAGAGCUGGUGAACCCGUUCCUCCUCCUCGACUAGUCUCCUGGUCUAAACAAAUCGCAGCAGGCAUGACGUACCUUCAUGCCCACAAAAUAAUUCACAGGGAUCUGAAGAGUCCGAAUGUACUCAUCGGACGAGGGGAAGUUGUCAAGAUCAGUGAUUUCGGUACAAGUCGAGAGUGGAAUGAAAUCAGUACGAAGAUGAGUUUUGCUGGUACCGUAGCCUGGAUGGCUCCGGAGAUCAUCAGGAACGAGCCCUGCUCGGAGAAGGUGGAUAUUUGGUCUUACGGAGUUGUGUUAUGGGAGUUGCUGAGUGGAGAGAUUCCGUACAAGGACGUGGACUCAUCAGCAAUUAUUUGGGGUGUCGGCAACAACUCUCUUCAUCUUCCGAUACCUGCCAGUUGUCCGGAAGGGUAUAGGUUACUUGUCAAACAAUGUUGGGCUGCGAAGCCAAGGAAUAGACCAUCGUUCAAGCACAUUGAGAUCCAUCUAGGCAUUGCUGCCGUGGAGGUGCUUUGCACGAAACCAGACGAGUACUUUAAAACUCAGCAAACCUGGAAGGACGAGAUCAGAGUGCACAUGAAGCAGAUCCAGACGAACAGCUGCAGCAGUCCUCGGUUCGAAGCAGAUUUAAUUCGACGAAGGGAAGAUGAGCUCAGACAUGCACAGGACAUCAGAGAGCAUUACGAAAGGAAAUUAGAAAGGACGAAUAAUUUGUACUUAGAAUUGAGUGCCGUGCUGCUGCAGUUGGAGCAACGAGAGAGAGAUGUGAUAAAGAGGGAACAACAAUCGGGCUAUAAACAGUGUAAAAAACGACUUGUGCAUCCUCUACUUAAGGCCCAGGAAAGACUUCACCGCAGAAGAAAUCCUACGGUGCAGUUGUCGACUUCUUCGACACCGACCACUCCACCCUCACCUACAGACUCUCCGCAGAGUCCAGUUAAAGCAACCUUGUACACGCAAUUGAACGAGUCCAAUCAGCCAGAAACCGUCCUGGCUCCUAGCAAUAGCUUCAAGCAACGUAAAUACAGACACCGAAGGGUUGGAUCUGGCUGCGGAAUCAGUUCCACUCCUAGAUCGAGUCCUCACCGAGAGAGAAAGAGCACCGAGGUGUCUGCUCGCUACGUGGACAAUCAGACGCAAACAGAAAUGGAGAACGUAAGCGAGGUUGAUCAGAAAUCCACGACGCCGGUCAAUGCGAACAAUCGCGAAUGUGCGGAGUACUUGGACAAGUACAAUUCCGAGGUGCCGGCUUUGGCCGAUCCUGCUACGGAAUGCCUUAAUGGGAACCAAAUCCAGAACGAGACUCAUUAUAGGCUUCGGUCUAGCUCCUGUUCAAGUCCUGAGCCCCCUAACGAGAACCACGCGAACGGGAACGAGAGACUUCGGGAAUGCAGCGACGACGACAACCUCGAGACUCUAGGGAGAAAAGUCAGCGAGAUCCUCAACGCGAACCGCCUCAUCUCCCCCAUGGACAAUGGGAACUGCGAUGACGUCAUUAUAUCCCACGGCAGGGUCAAGGAUGAUCUCUUGAAGCUACCUGGACAUUUCUGCGGGAUUAUCAUCAGCGGGACUAAUGUCAGACACGAGGAGCAAGAAAUUAAAGUUAGGUCUUCCUCGGACUCCGUUGAUGCCAUGUGCGACCACGAGGACGAUGCAUACGAGGAGAGCUGGUCCGAUGAGGAAGGAGAGGAUCCUAGUUACACGUACAAUUACUCCCUAAGGCGUAGAAGUAUCGCUAGAAGACCCAUCGGGCCAGGCUGCAGGUUGAGAAGAUUUAAACACCCUUCGUCAAGAGUCGAAGGAGUUUUGGCCUCCGAUGAGGAGAACACAUCGGAGUAUUCCCAUCCACCAUCGAGCCAAUCCUCCACCCUGGAGAGCAACCCAGACAUGCAGAGAGUCCUUCGGAACAUCCAUCACUCGAAUAAGAGGAAAGCCAGGGAGGAGGAAGCUUCUGACAUGUCGAGUCAAUCGGAGACCGAUGAGAUGAGCAACAUCACCAUCGCAGCUCGACCAGGGAAUCCUUCGAAGAUAGAGAGUAGAGUUUGAGGCACGGUCUACAUUUAUUUCCCAGGCCUCUAAACAACGUACAAUUUGGUAAACAAAAAAGCAAUGCGCUUACAGAACCCGUCCCACAGCAUUUUACACGUUUUCCUCAGAUUUUCCGUCUCUCCAUUUCUUUUCUAACCUAGUUCUUAUUUAUCGAUGCAUCGGGGGCCCUGUAAGUGCUCUCUCUCUCUUUCUCCGAUGAGGUGGAAAUUAUAUUUUCAUUAGCGUAACAAAUUGUUCACCAGUGAAAGGGAUUGUUCAGGAGUGAAGAGACAUUAUUCAGGAGCGGGAUAAAAAAUAAGAAAGAAAAAUCGCUUUGGUUAGGAAGAGAGAAGAAGAGAGAGAGAGGAGUUUACGGAAGGAAAUUGUAAUUGUAGAAAGUCCCUUAUAAUUGUAAUUAGCAAUUAAUUACCAGGAUACUGCGUAGCUUUAAGCGUAAGUACGGGGGGAUUACUUUGUAUUAACUGGAACUAGCCCGAGAAGUUCCAAGGAACGUCGGCAACGUAGGCAUUUAUAAAAAUCUCCUUUACCGACGUCGAUAGAGUUCCGAGAGGUCUUUCACUCCACCUUAAGAGAGAUUUUGACGAAAGGGAGAUGGGAGUGAUUUUUUUAACGAGGAAGAGAUUGAUAUUCUAAAGUGUAUGAAAGUAGAGGAAGGUCGUCGAUUCGAUUACACUCGCGGUAAUUACUCUGUACAUAGGCUCUCAUUAAUUAGACAUCUCUCGCCAUUCUCUGUAUAAAUGUCCGUCGCAUCUCGGUUUUGUGAUAUGGUCCCUCGCAGGGCGGAUCCGCAUUGGAACUCCCUAACCUCACUUUUCAAGGUCACGCGAGAAGAGUUCUCGUUUAUAACACUUUUUUCCGAAUUUAAGGUACCGAAUCGCUUCAAACUUGACAAUGUCAAUGUCAAGGGCAUAAGGAAGGUCCCGACACUCGUGAAAUUACAUAUUUUUCAAGAAUAUUUUAAUAAUACCUCUAAAAAAUUCCCAUCUCUUACUAGGCGCAUUGUUGGCAUUUUUUUUCGCGUUUAAUUGUUUACGGGAUUUGGCAAAACCGCGAUGCAAAAUGAUAG